GCAGUGCCUGGCUGCAGCCUCCCUGUCCUCCAGCCUCAGAGCCAGCGCCAGCUGUGCCACAGAGAUGGGGCUGCCCUGGCCAGGGCUAUGGCUGAAGAGGCUGUGGGUGCUCGUGCAGGUGGCCGUGGAGGUAGCCACGGGCAAAGUGCUAAUGACACUGUUUCCAGAGAGAAUCAAGAAGAACAUCCUGGCCAUGGGCGAGAAGACUGGGAUGACCAGGAACCCCCAGUUCAGCCACGACAACUGGAUCCCAACCUUCUUCAGCACCCAGUAUUUCUGGUUUGUUCUGAAGGUCCGUUGGCAGCGGCUAGAGGAGACAGCUGAGCUAGGGGGUCUGGCCCCAGACUGCUCGGUGGUCUGCCUCUCCGGAGAGAAGUGCACCAUCUGGGACUUCAUGCAAGGCAACAGGCCACUGGUACUAAAUUUUGGAAGUUGCACCUGACCUUCGUUUAUGUUCAAAUUUGACCAAUUCAAGAGACUUAUUGAAGACUUUCAUCCCAUGGCAGAUUUUCUCAUCAUUUACAUUGAAGAAGCACAUGCCUCAGAUGGCUGGGCGUUUAAGAACAACGUGGACAUCAGGCAGCACCAGAACCUCCAGGACCGCAUGCGGGCAGCCCACCUGCUGCUGGCCAAGAGCCCCCAGUGCCCUGUGGUGGUGGACACCAUGCAGAACCAGAGCAGCCAGCUCUAUGCGGCCCUGCCUGAGAGGCUCUAUGUACUCCAGGAAGGCAGGAUCCUCUAUAAGGGUAAACCUGGUCCUUGGAACUACAAUCCUGAGGAAGUUCGUGCUGUUCUGGAAAAGCUCUGUACUUAAUCUGCACAGAUCCCUCAGUUGUAGGUGACCAACAGGAGAGCUCUUCUAGCUCAGCUCUUUCCCCAGCACAGCUGUCUUCAUCUUUGACUUGUGCUCCCGGACAAACUACUAGUUCAAAUUUUCCUGAUCCAAGCAAACAACUCCCGGUAGGGGGUACAGGUCACAACACUCAACCAGGACAAACUGUUAUGAUCAGAAGAUGAAGCAACACUUGAGAUGUUCUUGCAAGUGAACUGUGAAAGAACGCACAACUCCACACUGCUCCCACCGCUGGGCCCACCCACCGCUCAGCGUCACUGAGUGAGAGAGCAGUUCCACUUCACUGGCAUGCUUCUGAAGUGUCGUUAUCUCUCCAGCCACUCUCACACCAAGUGGCUCAGUACCACAUCCCUUAUGUUAGGAAACCUAAUCUGAUCAAAUUUGCCAUUCCCAGACUCGACCGUUUAAGAUAACAAUUGGUUUGUAGAGCCAGGCAGGGGGAAGAAUUCCAGUUUUAAGGUGAGGUGAGGAAUUGUAAGAGGAGGUGGUGGGAUCAAAAGAGGACAGUCACCUUUUUCUUGCCAAAAUAUUUAAAUCAGUUUUUGUUGGAGGGAUGGUGAGUUUCCAUGGUAACAUUAUUUCCAGUUCUUCCAGGAGGAAGAGAGUAUUCACUUUACCAACUAUAUUUACCAAAUAUAUUUAUCUCCCACUGUGCUAACUGAUUGAGAAUCAUUUUGAGGGGAGGAUUUAUUUCACUUUCCAAAAGAAUGAUGUCCUCCACCAAAGCCAUAACAUGCACUAGCAAAAGCUAUUGUUCAUGUAUGCAGAAAUGUGUAUUUGACAUUGUUUUGCUGAUUUCUUUGCAAGUCUCUUAAUGGUCAUUUGUGUUACAUUACAUCAGACUAGUGGAUAACCACUGGUAUUCAUCGGUUCUAACUCUGCUUCUUUUCAUAUUUGCUCAUGACGGCCACAGCCUAAAGUACACACAGCUGUGACUUGAUUUGAAAGAAAAUGUUUUAAGAUGCAGCAAACUAAUAUGGAACAAUUAAAAUGGUAUCAGGCUAUCUUGGA